AUGACUUUGGCGCUUUCUGUGUCCUUGCUUAGUGGGCACAGUGCGUCGGUGAAUCUGGAGAAGCACUGCUCCGUGGAAGACCUGAGAAAGGUUGCAGAGGCAAAGCUGGAGACUCAUUUGGGUGUGCUUGUAGCCCAAGGAGAGUCUCGAGCAUUACAUGACUCGAGCACGCUGCAUGGAGAAGGUCUUCGAAGUGGAGACCUUGUGUGCGCUUUGGCAAGAAAGCCCUCCAUCAACAUCUUCUCCGGUCGGCAAGCACAUUCCUUCGCUGCGGUUCGUGAGAACGGAACCGUGUUAACUUGGGGAGAGGAGGAAAGUGGUGGUGACAGCACUUGUGUACAGAGCCAGCUCGUAGAUGUGAAAGAGGUGCAUGUGUCCGUCAGGGCCUGCGCGGCCAUUCGAAAAGACGGAGGUGUGGUCACCUGGGGUUGUGAAGAUCUUGGAGGUGACAGCAGCGACGUCGAGGACGAACUCUUCGAUGUCAAGCUGAUUCGCAGCACCGCCGGUGCAUUUGCUGCUUGCAGAGGUGAUGGCUUUGUCGUGACCUGGGGCGAUGAGGACUGGGGCGGCGACUGCUCGGAUGUCCGCGAGAGGCUGACGAAGGUUGUCCAGAUAUGCGGGUCGGGAGCCGCAUUUGCUGCCAUUUCUGCCGACGGCUCGGUGGUCACCUGGGGAUCGGCUCGACAUGGUGGUGACAGCAGUGCCGUCGCGAACAAGUUGACCGAUGUUGUUCAGAUCCAGGCGACUUCAUCAGCCUUCGCUGCUGUCCGUCGAGACGGAACUGUCAUAGUUUGGGGUGAUCCCGACAUGGGGGCAGAUGGAAGUCUGGCUGAAACGCUCAGUCACGUCCAGCGCAUCGAAGCAACGGCUGGGGCCUUCGCUGCAAUCCAUGAUGACGGACAUGUCACAGCUUGGGGGAUGAAGGAAUUGGGAGGGGAUGCAGCUGCGGCACAAGAGAAACUGCUGCAAGUGCGCAGUGUGCGUGCAAACGGCGGCGCUUUCGCAGCCGUCCGAGCGAAUGGCACCGUCGCGACAUGGGGCGAUCCAGAGUACGGUGGCAACAGCAGUUGCGUUCGAGACAACCUGGUGGAUGUGGUCGAGGUGGCUGCGACAGAGAGUGCCUUCGCUGCGCUCAAGGUGGAUGGUACAGUUGUGACCUGGGGUCAUCCAGAGUAUGGCGGUGACAGCUCGCGGGUCCAGGAGAGGCUGAUGAUGGUGCAGCAGGUGGUGGCAUCCGGUGGGGCCUUUGCAGCCUUGACUGGCUUUGAUUCAGUGGUGACGUGGGGCCACGAAGACUGUGGAAAUGUGGACAACGGCGAGUUGGAGCAUCAGCUCCUGGAGUCCUUGAAAGGCCUACAAGGCAAGCGAAGCCUCUUCCGCAGGAGACGGCUGAGCAGCGAGAUCGAAAGAUCGGCCUGCUCGUGGCGGAGAGAUCAGAUUCCCAGUUCGCACGGAUCAUCCGAUAAUGAGCUUGAAUUCGGCUGUGUUCGGCUGCAUUUUGUCUCGAACUCUUUCCGCCGGUGUAGAUUGCGUAAGGGUCUGAGCCAGGGCCAGAACCUGCGGCGUUUGUUCAUCCGUGUCGGUGAGUUUUGCGUGCAGACCUACCGCAUUGCUUCACUGCAGUUUCAUCUGGUGAUGCAGUCAAUUCUCGUUUGUUCGCCUUUGGUGGGGGCAUGUGGGGGCCCUCAUAGUCUUGCCUAG